AUGAGAACACAACAAAGUCAACCGAAAAAAAUACUUAAUAGAAAGACGUUAAUUGUGAUCCUUCUGGGGAUUGUUAUAAUUCUAGUAUAUUUAAUCAGAGGUGGAAUCUGGCCUGGUGGUGUAUUCCCAAAAUUCCCUGGACUAAAAAUAUCAAUCAACAACAGCUCAGAGAGCUUGGAGAAAAGGAGCACUGAUGGAAAUCCUUCACAUAGAGAUCUGACCCCCAAUAAUGAGGAAACUACUCCUCGUAUGGAAGAUAGACACUCUGAUCCAGACCAAUCAUUAGCUAGCUUAGAGGAAGAUUCAUUAAAUAAUUCAGACUAUCAGACGAGAAUACUUCCCUCAGCCCCUUUCGAAGAAAGCAUGACUCGCAGCAAUCCCAGCCUGCCAAGCCAGGCACAGCACACGGUGACUGCUGAUUAUCCGCCGCCUGCUUACUCUAGUGUCUGCAGACAGGAAAUUGAAAAUACACACACACAUGCAGGAUAUACGGGUACUGCCGCAGAUGCAGAAUCACCUCCAAGCUAUGAACAGUUAUAUCCCCAUCUAGCAGAAGCAUCUUAG